UGAGGUUGGGUUGCAAAUGUAAAAGGAGACAAACUUUGCCAGUAAUUGUCAUGAUUUUUCUGUCCAGUUUCAAGGUCUGUAGAACACUUCUUAGAUGCCCUCUGCAGAAGUCAACUCUCCACUUCAGAUGAUGAGGAACAUCAAAGAAGAGACGGAGGAGUUCAGAUUAGCUGAUUUUCCAGAACAACUGAACAUAAAAGAAGAGAGAGAAGAGUUCCCUGGUUUUUCAGAACAGCUGAACAUAGAAGGAGAAGAGACAGAGCAGUUCCCCGGUUCUCCACUUCAGCUGAGGGGCUUAAAAGAGGACAGCGAGGAGACCCUGCGUUCUCUGUACAGUCUGAGGAGCGUAUCUGUAGUGCUGGUGGACUGCUGUAGACCACAAGGACGGCAGGAGAACGAUGAAGAGAACCACAGAGAUGCCGAGCCAAGGAAGAGAUCUGGUUUAGAGGAGACCUCAAAUAUGGCCUCUGCAGAAGUCAAUUCUCCACUCCAGCUGAUGAGGAGCGUCAUAGAAGAAACAGAGGAGCUCAGCUUAGCUGAUUCUCCAGAACAGCUGAACAUAGAAGGAGAAGAGACCGAACAGUUCCCCGGUUCUCCACUUCAGCUGAGGAGCGUAAAAGAGGACAACGAGGAGACCCUGCGUUCUCUGUACAGUCUGAGGAGCGUAUCUGUAGUGCUGGUGGACUGCUGUAGACCACAAGGACGGCAGGAGAACAAUGAGGAGAAUCACAGAGAUGCCGAGCCAAGGAAGAGAUCUGGGCACCUGCUACUCUGCAGUUCCAGCGGAGCGGAGUUUAGUGGAAAAACACAUUCUGCUGCCUUCACUACAGAGAGGCCGUACCCUUGCAGCCAGUGUGACAAGAGCUUUAAGAGAAAAGGACACCUCCAUGCCCACCAGCGUGUUCACACAGGGGAGAAACCAUUUUCAUGCAAAGACUGUGGGAAGAGUUUCUCAGAUUCCUCUACCCUCCACACACAUAAUCGUAUUCACACUGGAGAGAGGCCGUACCCUUGUAGCCAGUGUGACAAGAGCUUUAAGAGAAAAGGACACCUCCAUGCCCACCAGCGUGUUCACACAGGGGAGAAACCAUUUUCAUGCACUGACUGUGGAAAGACUUUCUCAACGGCUACUACCCUCCAGCUGCAUCGCCGCAUUCACACAGGAGAGAAGCCGUACGCUUGCAGUCAGUGUGACAAGAGCUUUAAGAGAAAAGAUGAGCUCCAAAUCCACCAGCAUGUUCACACAGGGGAGAAACCAUUUUCAUGCAAAGACUGUGGAAAGAGUUUCUUGCAGUCUUCUCACCUCAACAUACAUCGCCUUAUUCACACUGGAGAGAGGCCGUACUCUUGCAGUCAGUGUGAAAAGAGCUUUAAGUUAAAAAUAGAGCUCCAAAGGCACCAGCGUGUUCACACAGGGGAGAAACCAUUUUCGUGCACUGACUGUGGAAAGAGUUUCUCACAGUCUUCUCACCUCCACACACAUUGUCGCAUUCACACUGAAGAAAAGCCAUAUGUUUGCAGCCAGUGUGACAAGAGCUUUAAGAAAAAAACAGAGCUCAAAAUGCACCAUCGUGUUCACACAGGGGAGAAACCAUUUUCAUGCGUAGACUGUGGAAAGAGUUUCAUGCGCUCUGAUGUUCUCCACAGACAUCGUCUUAUUCACACUGGAGAGAGGCCGUACCCUUGCAGUCAGUGUGGCAAGAGCUUUAAGAGAAAAGAACAUCUCCAGAACCACCAGCGUGUUCACACAGGGGAUAAACCAUUUUCAUGCACCGACUGCGGAAAGAGUUUCACACAUUAUUCUGCCUUCCGAAUACAUCGUCGCAUUCACACUGGAGAGAAGCCAUACGCUUGCAGUCAGUGUGACAAGAGCUUUAAGACAAAAUCAGAUCUCCAAGUUCACCAGCGUGUUCACACAGGGGAGAAACCAUUUUCAUGCACUGACUGUGGAAAGAGUUUCUCACGGUCCCAUAGCUUUCACACACAUCGUCGCAUUCACACUGGAGAGAAGCCAUAUGUUUGCAGUCAGUGUGACAAGAGAUUUAAGACAAAAUCAGAUCUCCAAAGUCACCAGCGUGUUCACACAGGGGAGAAACCAUUUUCAUGCAAAGACUGUGGGAAGAGUUUCUCAGAUUCCUCUACCCUCCACACACAUAAUCGUAUUCAUACUGGAGAGAGGCAGCAUUCUUGCAAUCAGUGUGAAAAGAGCUUUAGGACAAAACAAAAUCUCCGAAAGCACCACCGUGUUCACACAGGGGAGAAACCAUUUUCAUGCUUAGACUGUGAAAAGACUUUCUCAACGGCUACUACCCUCCAGCUGCAUCGCCGCAUUCACACUGGAGAGAAGCCGUACGCUUGCAGUCAGUGUGACAAGAGCUUUAAGUCAAAAGCAGAGCUCAAAAUCCACCAGCAUGUUCACACAGGGGAGAAACCAUUUUCAUGCACUGACUGUGGAAAGAGUUUCUUGCGGUCUUCUCACCUCAACACACAUCGCCUUAUUCACACUGGAGAGAGGCCGUACUCUUGCAGUCAGUGUGACAAGAGCUUUAAGUCAAAAGCAGAGCUCCAAAGGCACCAGCGUGUUCACACAGGGGAGAAACCAUUUUCGUGCACUGACUGUGGAAAGAGUUUCUCACGGUAUUCUACCCUCCAUGCACAUCGUCGCAUUCACACUGGAGAAAGGCCGUACGCUUGCAGUCAGUGUGACAAGAGCUUUAAGUCAAAAACAGAGCUCAAAAUGCACCAACGCGUUCACACAGGGGAGAAGCCAUUUUCAUGCAUAGAUUGUGGAAAGAGUUUUUUGUCAUCUUCUAAACUCCACAAACAUCGUCGCAUUCACACUGGAGAGAAGCCGUAUGCUUGCAGUCAGUGUGACAAGAGCUUCUCUCAGUCUGGUAGCCUUCAUGCACAUCGCCGCAUUCACACUGGAGAGAAGCCGUAUGCUUGCAGUCAGUGUGACAAGAGCUUCUCUCAGUCUGCUCACCUUAAGACACACUUGUUGUCACACUUGAGAGAGUAAAUCAGUUGCUGUUGCACUUCAGAGAGGCUGUACGCUUGCAGCCAAUGUGACAAGAGCUUUAAGACUAAGAAUCUCCUCAUAUUUCACCAACACGUUCACACAGUAGAGAAACCCUUCUCAUGUGCUGACUGUGGAGAAAGCUUUAGGAGGAAAGCAGACCUUAAUAUCCACCAGAGGCUUCACACAGGAGACACACACGUGGGGGAAACCUCUACUUAUACAAAGACAGCAGGAAAUGUUUUAGGAGUGUACAUGAUCACUUCCCACCACUCACUGUAUUUCUCAAACCAAUGAGGGAAUGAGAUGGGUAAUUCUGGUCAGUAUUAACCCAUUGGCGCCUAAGCCAGUUCUUAGAAAAGGUCCCCAAUGCCUGAGGGUUUUCUGAGAUUAGAACAAUUGGUUGAAAACUCCUAUGAAAAAUUCAAUAUCUCAGCCUCUGGAACACAUAGGGCCAUGGGAUGAAUUGCAUUUAAAAGGUAAAAUGCUCUGCUUUCACAGGAUUAUGCUCAUUCAGCAUUAACACUAAUACAUUUUCCUUAAAGAAAUCAUAUCUCAUAAUCAAAUGAUUGAAAAAAGUUUUAUGUGCUUUCAGGAUAAUGCUUGAUGCUGCUAUUUAUUAUAGGCUAUUACUAUUGCUACUGUUACAAUAGCCGACUAUAACUAAAUCAUAAUAAUCAUUAUUAUAAAUAUAAGGCAGUCAUUUCUGCCAUAAGUCGGGGGACAUUUGUCUGAUGCAGACACUUGCUCUCCCACCGGCGAGUAUGGCCGUUUCAUUCCUCCAAACGUUAUGCAGAGACCGAUGAGUUAUUUCAUAUCCUAUUUUGAGACGGGGCUCCACUUUGAGCUGGAUGUGUGGCCGCGCGUCUAUAAUCCGCAUGUCUACCGUUGUCUGCCUCACCAAUAGGCUAUCAGCAUAUCCGCAACUUCCUCAGUGAAAAUAUUCUGAAAUAUAUCUAAAGGACGUGCUUCCUCAGAUAUUGGCACCUUCGCCAAUUGCCCAGAGUGUCGGAGUGAACUUUUGGUAACGUCGGGGGCGAAAUCUAGCUGACUCUCUUCAUUACCUUUCAGCCGAACAUCACGUUCGCUGUAACAGAGUGUCUCGCUAACCACAGUCUUUUUUCUUACCUGUGUGAAAUGGCUAAACGGAUGUGUGCAGAAUCGAGCAUGGUGGAUUUCGUGUGUAUUUGAACAAAACAUUGUCCCAUGCGUCUUGUAAAUAUUGACAAACGGCGCCAAUGGGUUAAUGAAUGAGGACACCUAAAUAGAAUGACACAUGAGACAAUGGAAUGGUGGAAUGGAGAAUGAAUGGUAAAUGACCAUUUAGUUUAAUUCAACCAUUACAGUUAAUCAUUACAAUUAACACAAUGAUACACUGUAAACGAUAGACUACAGUUGCAUUAACAGGAUGAAUACAAUGUACUUCUUUGUACUACUUACAUGGUUACCACCACACAUGCUUUACACGUCUAAAAAUAAAUGUGCUUGUCUUGGUGUCAUCAGACCACAUGACAUGGUUCCCGGAAUCCAUUUCUUUAGCCUGUUAGUCUCUGAUAAGACAAUGAUUAACAUGUUGUUUAAGAUGGUGUCAAGCACGUGUUGUGAUAACCAAGUGGGAAGUACAAAGGUGGUUAAUUCUAGAAAGUAUUAAUGAAUAAGGACAACUAAAUGGAAUGACACAUGAGGCAAUGGAAUGGUGGAAUGGAGAACGAAUAGUAAAUGACCAUUUAGUUUAAUUCAACCAUUACAGUUAAUCAUUACAAUUAACACAAUGAUACACUGUAAACGAUAGACUACAGUUGCAUUAGCAGGAUGAAUACAAUGAACUUCUUUGUACUACUUACAUGGUAGCUGAAUUCCACAAGAGCAUGUAACAUGAGUACUGAAUCAGAUCAUGAUCCUCUGUAUGGCAUUAUAAGACAGCAGUCUACUCAUUUUAAUUUCACAAAACUGGAAAAAUAUGUCUGAAGUUACACUAAGAAGUUUUCUUUUGUAACACCAACAGUUGUUGUAUUAAACUUACUCUAUGUACAAUUUGGAAAUAACUUGUGUGCUUAUUGAAAUAUUGUUGAAAAGUUUCAGAAGAGGUAGCCUAGUAAAACAGCGCCACCCACUGGACGGCAAAAAUGCUUUGCCUGCAAGUGGGUCUGGCCUCGGAUCGGUCGAACAUUUUGAACACAUUGCCCUGAAUCCUGCAAACCAAUCACAAUGCAGAGAUUUGUUUUGAAUCAAAGCGGGCAGGGUUUUGAGGGAGUGACGAUGAAGCUUGCAACGCUGGGAAAGCACAUCCACGAGAAAGAUAUCACUGAUUGGUCAGAGCGUUGGCCUAUAGGCACAGGUACGGUUUGAAAGACAACGCGUUGUUCUCAUCAACAGUCUGCGGAUGUUCUAUUCAUUGGGGCCAGACUAAAUUACACAUCCAAUCUCACAUUUAGGCUGGUUUAUCAGGAUACAGAAGAGGGAUUUUCCGAAGAGGCACAAUUACAUCAUGACAUCCCCUUUGUCAUGGGGGAGGUUACACAUGUCAAUCAUCCCAAGACUGUUUAUGUACUUUUCCCCCCACUUUUCUUUUCUUUUGUUUGGCUUACUUUGUAAUUUGUUUCUUUGUCUUUGUUUUUGUUUUUGUUUUUGGAGUGCAGCCUUUGUCAUUGGCACCCUUGGGUGAUUGCAGUCACCACACCCCUACGCACCUGUCAGGUGCUUCUGAAACUUUUUUUUAAGCAUCACCGACCCAGGUUUGCCAUAUUGACUCUGAAGAAGACGUGUGAACGUCGAAACGUUAGUCUUGACGCUUGCCUAAUAAAAUUAGUUAAUUUUCACAUCUGAAGAUGCUCCGGUGAUUC